AUGAUAAAAAGUUUGUUAUUUCAGGCAUUAUUACAAACGUAUGAUGUAAUAGCUCAAGAAGUUUAUGGCCCUGAAGCUAUUUGUGUCACUCCACCACCAUUGUCAUCAUUUUUAAAUGGUGAUGAAGAUGAUCAUAUGGAAUCAGAUACAGAUCAACCACAAGUAACACGUGUACGUCUGGUACAAUUUCAAAAGAGUACAGAUGAACCAAUGCGUAAUGCUCGUGGAAAUGUGAGUUUGAAAAUUAUUCCCAGUUAUAGAACACAUCCAUUACAAUGUGAAAUCUAUGUUCGUGCAAUGUUUGAUUAUAGUCCUGAAAAUGAUGAUUUAAUACCAUGUACUCAAGCUGGUAUACAUUUUCAUAUUGGUGAUAUAUUACAAAUUAUUAGUAAAGAUGAUCAUUAUUGGUGGCAAGCUCGUUUAUGGGGUUCGGAUUGUCAAGCACCAGCGGGGUUAAUUCCUAGUCCAGAACUUCAAGAAUGGCAUAUGGCAAAUAAGGCAGCUGAAUUAUCACAUGAAAUGGGUAUUACACAUUGUGGUGCAUGGUUUAAACGUCGUAAACGUCAUUUUAAAGAUAAAUACAAAAAUAGACAUUCAGCUAUUUAUGAUCAAUUAGAUUUAGUUACUUAUGAAGAAGUUGUCAGAUUACCACAAUUUCGUCGUAGAACAUUAGUAUUACUUGGUGCACAUGGUGUUGGACGACGUCAUAUUAAAAAUUGUUUAAUUCAAUCAUCACCUGAUAAAUCUGCAUAUCCUAUUCCUCAUACAACUCGUACACCACGUAAAGAUGAAGUGAAUGGAAAGAAUUAUUAUUUUAUUUCACAUGAUGAAAUGAUACGUGAUAUUGCUAAUAAUGAAUACUUAGAAUAUGGUUCACAUGAAGGAGCAAUGUAUGGUACAAAAUUGGAUACAAUAAGACAAAUACAUGCAACUAGUUUAAUUGCUAUAUUGGAUGUUGAACCACAAGCAUUGAAAAUAUUACGUACUGCUGAAUUUGCUCCAUGUAUUGUAUUUAUUGCAGCUCCAACUCUCACUAAUAUCACUAAUGGACAGAAUAAUAAUAACAAUAAUGGUAAUGAUAAUGUAAAGGCUACAUUUGACUGCUGUUUUAAAAGAAAUAAUUAUCGAAUAGCUAAAAUAAGAAGAGAUACAAUUGAAAGUACAGAAUUUAAAAAUUCAUCGAGUAUUAAUGCAGCUAAAACUUUCUACAAAACUUGCACGAUCGACCAUUCGAUGGAAAAAUCGUUCAUUCAGUCGAAAGUUCAUGAAAUGGCAGAAGAACUUUUCAACGGAUGGAGGAUGUCAUCAGAUGAGAAACAGUAUAAAGAUUUCUCGGAAAAUGUUCUCAGACCUGAACACUUUAAUCUGACUGCUUUCAUUUUGCCACUGAUAUUUCAAAGUGGUAGAACAACUUUCUUUUCCAUCAAUCUAACUGAAGGUUAUUCACAAGGAGACGAUCGAUUAAUUCAUAUUUACUCAGGAUCGCUCGACGCAUUUGACAAGGAGAAGUUAAACAUGUCAGGUCCAUGGGAUCACGAGGUCGGAGAACAAAUUUUCAAAUAUAUAGAAAAAGUAGGGGCUCGUGAACAGAGGAAAUUAAUAAUGAGCAGUAUUUUGAAAUUCUAUUCGAAAAUCAAUAAAGUGAUUCAAAUGUUUGACGGAAUGAAGCGCAAAUUGACUGAAUUAUUCUCUCAAGGAUCGUGGAGGAGUGAAGAUGACAAACAAAAAGCUAUUUCAACGGUUUCCAAUAUGAAAGUAUCAAUAAUGGAUUCAGAAUCGUUGAGUGAGGAAUACAAAGGCCGAGAUAAAAUACUCGAAUUUCAGAAUAAACUUUCUGCAGAUAACUAUCUUAUAAAUGCAUACUACUCGAUGAAAGCUAAAUUUCUAACAUCAUUGAAGGCCACUUCGCGCAGAUACGAAUUACCUGGUUUCUUCACCUUCCAACCGCACAUAUUUGACAAAAAUCUUACCGUGGUUAUGACAUCCGGAUUAUUACAUCCACCGUUUCUAAAUACAUCACAAAUAAUGCCGGAAAAGUAUGGAAUUCUUGGUUGGCUUCUCGGUCGUCAGAUUAUGUCUGCAGUUUUCAGAAAUGAACACGUACAAAAUCAAUCAGAAUAUCAGUCAAAGUGUUCACCAAAUGCUUCUACACCGUUAAGAACUCAACUGUGUUGUUUAUCAGAACAAGUCAACUCUGAAAGUCUUCAGAAAGAAACAUACAAGAGAAGUUUAACUGGAACACGUGAAAGCUUAAAUGAAAUGAAGUUGUUUUUCUCAGCAUUUGCGAAAAUGGUGUGCGGCGGCUUAUCAUCACAAAUUGUUGAUGACGAUUUACGGUCGUCAAUCCAAGUCUACAAAUCCAGUGUGAACGAUGUUGUGAAACACAGUCAAGGAUUUUCAGAAACGUACCAAUGUAAGAGUGGUUCCGCAAUGAAUCCUAUGCGCAAAUGCAUUAUUUAA